AUGCCACUGAUUGAAUUAUUGACUUUAGAUGUUGAAGAUUUACAGCUCCCGAUGAACUUUCACGUGUUUCAACACCUAGCGGUAGUCCUCUCCUCCAUUUCCAUUGCUUUUUUAGGUGGGUCACGCGCCAUAGACAAAGGAAGAGAGAGAGAAGGGAAAAUAGGUAAGCGAGUGAAGCUCCAAACAAACCCUAAUCAGGCAAUCCAAUUUGGGGGAAAAAAGUUCGUCCAUCCACUCGCUCAACCCCGUCGCGUGGAUUUUCCAGCUUCCAGCAGAUCGAAUUUAGCACCACCAUUGAUCCUCAUUUUACAUACACGAGGUAGCCACUGA